AUUCAGACGCAAAGACAACGUUUACCAAUUUUUAAUAAUAGGAAUCACAUACUGUAUCUUGUGGAGAAAUACCAGACAUUGGUUCUUAUUGGAGAAACAGGUUGUGGCAAGAGUACACAAAUUCCACAGGUAAAUGAACGCCAAGUGCUCUAGCCGUACUUCUUCCUCAUAAUAAGAAAUCCAAAUUGUACUUCCUGCAAAAAAGUAUGCAAUAUCCAAGAACUUUUUCAUUAUUUAAGGCUGACCGCCUUCUACGAAGAUACGUACCCUAAUAUUGAUUUUAUCAAAACAAAAAACGAAACUUGGCAUAAUGAUUUGUCCGGCAUCGCAAAUUAGCAAGUUCCUAUUAACUUUGCUAAUUAUAAUUUUAUUAUUUUAUUUCUACAUGGAUUUCAAUUUGUAUCUCAGAUUACAAAAUUAUCCUUUAGACAACGAUAAUUCGUCAGCGAUUACCUACGAAAAAGUAACGUGGUUAAGCUGUCGAAUAAAUCCACUGUGUGAAGUAACCGUAAAAGGAGUUCUUUUAGACCAUACUAACUAUUAUGUUUUCGGUCCGUUGGUCCAAAUAAUCGACAAUAUUCUUAGAAUAAGCGACAUAAAAUGGAUAACCCCCAAUUCUAUUAGUUUCUUUCAUAUAUUCGUAGCGAUCCUUAGCGCGAAAUGCGUGACCAGCCAUAGUUUGACUUAUAGGAGAAUCGGUGUUUUGCUAUUCGAAAUAAGAACCUGGUUAGAUGACCUAGACGGUCACGUAGCCAGAGUGAGGAAGCAUAUUAAGGGGGAACGAUCCGAAAUCGGUACAGCAGGUUAUUACAUCGACGGUAUCUGCGACGCAGUGGGUUGUACAGCGUUAAUUAUCGGCGUUUUCGUAUUUUUAAGAAACAACCCACCUAGAAGGGGAUACAUUCUACUUUCUACUACAUCUGACAGCAAAGAGCCUAAUAUUUUACAUAGUUUUAAAGUAACCGUUAAAAAAGUUGCGAAGACCGUUUGUUGCUUUAGUUUACAACUCAUCAUUAGUUCCACGGCUUGGAACAGAUACAUAGCGUUGUAUCAAGAUUUGUUAGAAAAUUACGAUUUACCUGGCGUCGAUAAAGUAAAACAAUGCGAUGUUUUCAAAAAUUCGUUUUUCUUUUUCGUAGCUUGGCUGUGGCGAGUAAUAAACAUUCAUAAUUUAUUACAUUUAUUAUUACUCUCGAUAUUUUGUGAUAAGUUAUGGGAAUUUUUGAGGAACACACAAUACGUUGGUUAUGGUGUAUUAAUAUCUGUUGUAUGUAUUACCGAAAUUAAUAUUAUAGACAUUAAAAAUUUUAUAUUUUACUCUUUGAAUGAAACCGAAAUCGUUUGAGAUUAUGACGAUUUUUUGUAUGCAAAAUUGAUUUUUUUUAUAUACGGUAUGUCGUCGUACUUAAACUUUUAUUCUUCUCCAACUUCAUUUUCUUUUUUUUUUUAUAGUGAAUCUGCUUCGAAGUAAGUGAAACGUGAAUCUCCAAUAUUGUUUUUCUAAUAAACGUUUUUUCCACGUCGUCUAGCGCAAAUUUUUUUUUGAUGAUGAGUGAAAAACGAAUCUGCUUCACUUUUUUCUAUCAUUUUAUUCUUUUGAAAUGCGCAUAUACAACUCAUACUUAUAUAUGUCCGGAAAUUGAUGCAUUAAGGUUCGAAUAUUGAAAUUUAUUGAUCUGAAUUGUACAGUUUGUUAAUAUUCUUGGAUCUUCCUACACCAAUACACUUUUUCCGUGAAUAUUUCUCUUUCUAGAAGAGAAAUGUCCUUCAGCAACCUCGUCUUAAAGGCUCUAAUGCUGUCCAGCAUUUCCAAAUGUUAUUCUUUCAGCGAUACAUUGAGCCAAGGAAACAAAAAGUGUAGCGGGACGAUGUCGGGCCUGUAUACCAGUUGGGGUUUAAUGCUGAUUUCGUUUCGUUAGAAAGAACGAUUGAGUGGACUCAUUUUCGUGAUGGAGUUCCAAGAAUCUUCGAUUUCCACUGAUGACUCUUUGUUUUAAUCGUUGUAGCACUUUGACAGAAUGGUUUAUCCAGGUGGCGGAAAUUCGGAGUGUCUUCGUGUCUUUUCCCGGCCAACAUCCUGUCUGACUGGAUUAUCGACGGAUAAUCAUUCCUAAAGGUCUCCUGAAGAAUUGCCAAAGUCUCUGAUGGCAUUUUAUUCAGUUUAACGCAAAUUUUGAUCGAUUACUGCUGCUCGAUCGUUUUAUUUCUCAACCCCCUGCUCGAAUCCAACCCUCAUAUCGUUCCAGAAGCUCGGAGCUCAUUGCGGCUCUGUCCGCUGUGUUGCCAAGCAAAGAAAAUGUGAAAGAUCUCGAAGCCAAUGGCCAAAUAGGCCUUAAUUGCUACAAUAAACUCAAAAAUUCAAUAUAGAAUAAAGGAAAUGGGGAUUGAACAUUCACAAUUGGACGAUUUUCGGGAUUUUUCAUAAAUAGGUACGGUAAUGAAAUAAUUUCGUUUUGACACACUAUAUAAAUUCAAUAAAACGUUAGUAUCAUUCCCGGUUGUCGCAUUAAACAAAAAAUAUUACAAUGUACAUUGAUAUUUAUAAACGUUUGAAUAUAAAAAAAAUUGUUUGGCCUUUCAGUUACCUGUUUUAUCAAAUCUAAAUAAAUGUGCUAUAAGAAAAAAAAUAUAAAUAAAUGUCCUCGCUUGUUAGUAGAAUGGCGUGAAAUAUUAAUGAUUAAACAUACACGUAGAAUUAGGUUCCCAUUUUUUUUAUUUGGGUAUUAAUUUUUAAUAUUUCAUGGUUUGAUAUUUGAUGCUCUGAUAUAGAAUUCGUUUCCUAUGCUGAUAUAAAUUUCGUGAGAUAUUUCCCAAUUUUUCUAAAACUUGACACAAUGAUAGUUUGAAGCAAGCUGAUUAAAAGCCUCGAAAUUUAAAUUCCAAAACUCCCAAAAGCCUCAAUGUGCAAGAAAUCUCAAAUCCAAGACCCUCCUCAACUCCUUCAAACUCCCACUGAAGUGUCCGAUGGUACCUUGAGCGGAAGGAAAUUAGUUUUGGCCAAUUGUUCUGAAACUUGGCACAAUGAUACUUCGAAGCAAGCUGAUUGUAAGUCUCAAUGGACACUACAUCCGAAAACCCCCCAACCUCCCCAAAAUUACUCCUGAAGAAUAUGCCUUGAUUUAAUGAUGAAUUUUUUUAUCCAACUUACCUACCCCAUUAAUUUUUUAAUCAGCUUGCUUCAAACUAUCAUUGUGCUAAGUUUCAGAAAAACUGGCCGAAACCCUAUCUACUUGAACUCUUCAGGGGUAGUUUUGGUGCUCCAUGCCUAUUGACCAAUUAUUUUUCUUUCAGGGUAUCUUCGGAUACGUCAGGGGUAGUUUUGACGGGGUUUUGUACCUAUUGAGACGUUUUAAUUAUCUUGUUUCAAACUAUUAGUGUGCCAAGUGAUUGUUCUUCAUUGAAAUGAUUGGUCGUAGAAAAAAUAAUGGCUGUUAAGAAACAUUACUCGUCAAGGUUCGUAUUGUAACUUUUAUACAUCGUGUCUUAACAGCUAUCAUUAAAUACUUGUUACAUAAUAUACUAUGAUUAAAUAUUUAAUUUAUUCGUUAUCGAGAGUUAUAAUAAAAGCCACGCCAUCUUAAAACCACAAGAAAAAGUUGCUCGUCAUGAUUCAUCGCUUUACAAUACACAUUUUUUUACUAAAUUUACCAAACGUUAUACAAAAUGUCGAGGACGAAAUGACAAAGAAAUACGUGGAACUUUUGCCUAAGCAAAUAACGUUUAAGUACAAAUUGCUGUUAAUUUAUUCUAAUUAACCUUUUUUAUUGUGUACCUGUUUACGUACAAAUCACUGGGGUUAUCCAUUUCAAAAGUUAUAUUUAUUAGAUAAUGUACUUUGGAAACAAAUAUUAUAUAAAAAUGUUGUAUUAGCUCAUAAAUAUAUUUAUUAUAUUAUUGUUAUAUUUUUUAUAGAUUUAUAUUUCUUUUUUAUAUUUAUUUUUGUUGACAUCACGUGGAUCGAGUCAUUGAAUAUAUAUCAAAGGUAAGAUGUAUGCAAAGUGGGAUUUGUCAAAUUGGCUAAAUUUAACACUUAAAAUUAAAUUGGGCGGUUUUGAUUUUCUAGAUUCUGGGAGGUUUUGGGAUACUGAAUAAGUCUAGCAACUCUUAACAAAAUUACGGGCACGGAUUUUCGAAAUUUUGGGACAUGAAACUUUUAAAAAAUUUUGAAUCUUCACAUAAAAGUAUCGUAAUUAUUUGUUCCUAACCUAAAAAUUAUCACCGUAAAAUGGGUUCAUGUGCACAAAAACAUUUUGAAUUGCGGAUAACUCGAAAACUAUGAGGAAAUCGACACAGACUGCCGGGACAAAAAAUGUGGAGCACAACAUUCUGUACAAAAAAGGUUUCAAUUCUUUUCCUAACCUCAAAGCUUCCAUUAUAAAUUGGUUGUAGACCCUCAAACAUAUUUUGAAUCGCGAAUAACUCGAAAACUACGUUGAGGGAGAUUUACUCAGAAAUAGUGGCUCCAACGAAAAAAUGACUAAAUACAUUUUUUGUAGAAAAUUUUGUGCACUACUUUUUUUGUUUGGGCAGUUUUUUUCAGAUUCCUCUUAGUUUACGAGUUAUUCGCAUUUCAAAAAUUUUUUCACUUACAAAAUAUCGAAAAUCAGAAGCGCCCAAUUUAAUUUCGGGCUUAAUCCGUUUUCACCUGUACUAAAGUACCUGGCCCAACAAAGAAAAAAUAUUUUUUUGGAAUUUUUUUUCUUUCAAACAGUCAUGUAAGAUAAUCCUUCAAUUUUUGAUCAUAUUAGAAAAAAUAAUUAUUGCAAAAGUUUAAGAUUUGUAUUUUCCAUUAUAUAUAUGUUAUUUAUCAUUCACUAGAGUGUUUUUAUUCACGAUAACUUAAUAUUUAUGUUUUUAAAGAGAUUAUAACUUCGAAACG